AUGGGCUCUCAGCUGUUGACCGGUGAUCUAGUCCUUUGUAAAGUCGGUUCCUUCGCGCCCUGGCCCGCAGUUGUGUUCCCACAGCGGUUUUUGAGAAAAGAUGUAUACCGGAGACGACGGCCGGAUUGUGUGGCAGUGUGUUUCUUCAAUGACGAAACGUACUAUUGGGACAAGCCGAGCCGGCUGCAACCGCUGUCAAAAAAAGUAGUUGACGAGUUUUUAGAGCGUGCAGAAACCAGUGGUAACGCAGGAGAUCCAGUUUUGGUGGAAGCGUACGAAGAGGCCCGGAACUUCACCUCGUUGCACGAGUUCCUCCUGCAAAGACUGCAGGAAGAAAAACGUAUGCAGGACUGGCAUGAGAACGCAGAUAAAGAUACAAAAAUCGAAGCGGGCGAAGAUCCAUUCAAGGGCAAAUCCGCGAAAAAAGUGAACCCCAUCAAAACAACCACAGAUGACGAACAUCUGGCAACAGCACCAUCGCGGUCCAGGUCGCGAGCCGCUGCAUCGCCAGACUCCAACUCGGCGUCCACACCAGGUGGUGCCGCGGCCACCAAAGCGGGACCCAAGGCCGAUCCCAGCGUUUCUGCCCGCAGAUUGGCGCGACUGGAUCAUGCCAAGCGGAUCGAAAUCUCUCUGCUGCUUCGCCGUAAGCUCCAGACCAACCUCGUACAGCGAAAUACGCCCCCGGGUCCCGAAGAGCUAAAGGAGUCCCGAAAACUGCUAGCCAAAAUAGCCGAGAACAUGUCCUCGAUGCCUCAGUUUUUCGAUCUGGACGCUCUCAGACAGAGCAAAUUGCACAAACUACUCAAAGUGAUAGCCAACGAUGAAAACUUGCAAGAAUUCCAUGGCCAAUGUACAGAGAUCUUAGAAGAAUGGAAAGAUUCUAUUUCUCAGUUGAGGAAAGAAAAACUCAAGUCUCAGGAGACAUGA